UCCUGGCUCUCCGUAGGACGUUUGAUGUGUGGGAUUUCCAUUGCUUGCUGGGAAAUAUAGUUCUAGCACGGGACGGGAGGCGCUGAGCGCCUGCGCGAUGAGGCCCCGCAGGGGAUGCGGGACUCCUACCGGAACGCUGGGGACGCGUCCGACCCCAGCAGUGCUCCAGUCGACGGUGUAAAGCAGGUCAUGAUUCUGUGCUACUUGGUUUGUUUCCCACACAGUAACCGGAAAGCCUUCCCGAGACUGCCGCUGUCAUAUCUACCUGUACCCCUGCCAGACUGAGGCUUCACAGUCCCCAGAGGCUCCUUCAGGACUCACAGGGACAUUCUGCACCUUGGUGAUGGCACAAAGGGACUGUUUUCUUACUUGUAAUCUGAAUGGCUGCCAAGAAGGAAGACAAAGGUAGAGAACGCGGACCUGUGGCUCUCGUGUGGCUUAGGACCUCAGACCAUCAUAUCAAGCCCCUUUCAGCUCCCAAGGACAAGGCUCAUCUGAACCAGCGAUCUUGAGGCAUGAAUGAGAAAUCUUGCUCUUUUGGGACUGAGAACGAAAUACGAGAUGGACAGGCUGCCAGCUGCAAGUGUGGGCCAGAUUUCAGGGGGGUUCUCCUACUUCAGAUCAUCCAGUCAAGAAAAAUCUCUCACAGGUGGAAAGUGUCUCUGCAGGACAUUCUUCAUUGUACAAGGACAACAGUACACUCAUGGCUUUCAGAGGAAUGCCUAUCUCAGAGCUGAAGAACCACGGCAUUUUCCAGGCCCUGACCACAGAAACCAAUGGAUGGCAGCUAGGUGUUGUAAACUCGGAGGUGCUCAGAGCCCAGGAAGAAUGGGAUGUGGUGGACACCAUCCAUCCAGACCCAGAGAUUGGGGUCAGCUCCCAGCAGCCUGGCCAGCUCAUCUCCUUCAGCGAGGCCCUGCAGCACUUCCAGACCCUGGACCUCUCCUCCUUCAAGAAAAGAAUCCAGCCAACUAUUCGAAGAACCGGGCUCGCCGCCCUCCGGCAUUGCCUGUUCGGGCCGCCCAAGCUGCACCAGGGCCUUCGGGAAGAAAGAGACUUAGUCCUCACCAUUGCUCAGUGUGGCCUGGACAGCCAAGACCCGAUGCAUGGCCGAGUGCUCCAGACCAUCUACAAGAAGCUGACUGGCUCCAAGUUCGACUGUGCCCUUCAUGGAGACCACUGGGAAGACCUGGGCUUCCAGGGAGCAAAUCCAGCUACAGACCUGAGGGGGGCAGGCUUUCUUGCCCUCCUGCACCUGCUGUAUCUGGUAAUGGACUCAAAGACUUUGCUGAUGGCCCAGGAGAUCUUCCGCCUGUCUCAUCACCAUAUCCAGCUGUAGGUCUUCGGCAAAUCCCUCAGCUACUUGGAGCCCUGAUUUCCUCAUCUGCUGGAAAUCAUGAAGACUUGUUUUCACUUCUUUUCUGUCGCUGUGUUAAAAUACUCUGGCAAGAACUACUGAGGAAGAAAGGGGUUGGUUGAUUUGUUUGUUUGCUUGUUUGUUUGUUUGUUUGGUUGGUUGGUUGGUUUUUCAAGAUAGGGUUUCUCUGUGUAGCCCUGGCUGUCCUGGAGCGUGUGCUGUAGAGCAGACUGGUCUGGAAUUCACAGAGAUCUGCCUGCCUCUGCCUCCUAAGGAAGGGUUUGUUUUUGCUCACAGUUUGGUGUUAUAGUUCGGCAAUGCCAGGGAGUCACAGCAGCAGGAGCUUCAGGAGGCAGCUGGUCACAUUGCACCACAGUCAAGUAACAGCAAUAACUGCAAGAAUACUAAGUGUACAGCUCACUUUGUCCGUUUCAUAUGAACUCAGAUCCCCUGCCCACAAUUAAGACUUGUAUCUCCAUGUCAACAACAUAAUCAAGGUCAUCUGUGUUAGCAUGCCCAAUGGCCCAUACCCCAGAUGACUCCAGACACUGGCCACUUGUCAGCACUAACCAUCGUGACUAUAGCUGGCCCACAGGGAAUAUCCUGUGGUCCUUGAACAUAUGCAUUAGGCGCACAGAGGAGUUGCUGCUUCCAGUGUUGGGAGUUUUUUUCAACUCUGAAGGCACAGGGUUAGUUUGGGGGUGACCCUUGGUCUUAACCAUCAGCCCAGUGAUGGCUUCGGUCACCCCUUAUUACCUCUUGCCCAUUAGGAUAGGUCUGAUCAUUUUCCCAUGUAGUGAAAGGUAGUAUUCACUCCAAAAGAAAACAUAGGUAGCCUGCUUCCUCCCAUUUGUCUACCCAAAUUCACAGGGCUAGAAAUUGGUUAAUGCAUUCAGUGAACGAAGAACAAAGAUGACUUCCACAUUCCCACCCACCCCCACUAGUUUUCAUGAUGCUUGGGAUGUGUUAGAGAACAAAGCAGACUAUGAUCCUUCCAGCAGGAUGACACAAUAAUAUACUAAAUUAAUUCCAGAAUUCAUUAGAAGGUGAGGAAAAGGGUGGGUAAGGUAGGGACACAGUGUUCAACUCUCAGGAGAUGAACGGAGUCUGGAAGGACUAGAGUCAUGUUAGCCAAGCCUGUGCCUAGGGUGCCUGGUUUUCCAGGCAUUGGGUAUAGCAGAAGCAAAGGUCACAAGAAAGGGAGCAUGCUGGGAGUGAGUAGAAGGAACACAGCACACCAUGGGAGAAGAAGCCACCAAGGAAGCAGACCCGAUAUAGUAGACCUUGUCAGUCACAUGGUGGAUGCCAGGUUUGUCCCUGUGGUGCAUCAGGAAUAACUGCAAAGCUUUGAGCAGCACAGUGGCAUAUGCCAGCUCACAGGGAUCUUACCAGCUGCAAGGAGAAGAGCCGUCUAAGGAGGUCCCUUAUAAUCAUGAGUGACAGAGAUGAGGGGGAGGAAGACAGUAGCCCAGGAGACAGAAGCAUCCCAGAAGUCACAUGAAGGAGGAUGUAGUGUUGGCCUUGGCCUGGGGUCAGGUGGUUCUGGUUCAUAAGACAUAAGGAUUGCUGGAUCGUCACUGGGAACUGUAAUUAGGACAUUUUCAGCAGAUAUUAGAGGCAAAGAGCCUUGACUUGGAUUAAAUUUAAAAGGGAGUAGAGUGGGAGGAAUAGAUUUGAGACAGUAAAUGUAGACUCGGUUUUCAGAGGAUUUUGUGGCAAAGGGAAGCCAAGAAGGGUGAUUGUAAAUUGAGAUUUUAGUCAUUUGGAGCUGUGUGUGUUUUCCUGUUUUUUAUUUUGCUUUUUUUUUUUUACAUCAAAACUCUUUGUAUUUUUUGAAUAGUAAAUUAAUUUUAUUAUA